UUCAAAAAAUGAGUUCCGGCGAUCAGAAUCGAGGAGGCGUCGCCGACAAAGCACUACAACUUGUUUUAGAGAUGAAAAGAAAUCCAGAUGUAUUACCGCCUUAUAACACAGAACUUGUACGCCAAUGUUAUCAGAAAAUCGAUGAGUUGUUUCAAAAGAAUGCUGCCGUCGUUGAAAAAAUCCGUGCAGGACUCCCUCAUGAUUCUACGCUUCUUCAACCUCGUUUAGCUGCAAUGUGCCAUAUUCGACGUUGCAUGAUGGCCUAUGUGAACGAGAGGAAAAACAGGAUUCGAUCAUUCAGAUGGAAGUAUGGAGGUGCUCUUCCCGCGUCUGUUAGGAACGCCCUCUGCGAUGCGGAAAUUCAGUUUUUCAAUGAGUAUUCGAGCACAUUGGCAAGAUUCCAAAGCAAUCUUGGAGAAGGUGGUGUUAAUCUGCUGCUUCAUUCUGCACCACCGAAGUCACUUUUUGUACAAGUUAGAGCUCUCGAGGAUUAUGGAGAAUUUGAAACGUCAGAUGGAACUCAAGUUCAGCUGUCCAAGGAUAGUUUGCACUCCCUUCCACGCCAAGACUGCGAAAUGCUGAUACGUCAGGGUGUUCUCGAGCUUGUUCAUUGACUUGUUGUCGGUAUUUUGUUUUCAACCUGUGAUCUGUAUAAAUAGCUUCUUGUC